CACUUCCCACCUUGAACUAAAAACCCUUCUCUUCUCAAAGUAUUAUUAUUGUGAGCUUAGUAGUUGAAAUCAAUUCAGAAAUGGAGAGGAAAUGUUUUGGGCUUUUCUUUGUGCUUCUCAUGAUUUUUGCCUCAGAAAUGGAAAUAAUGCCACAAGUAGAAGCAAGAGUGUGCAUGUCCCCUAGCCAUGGCUAUCAUGGUCCCUGCUUGCGUGAUCACAAUUGUGCUCUUGUUUGCCGAAAUGAAGGCUUCUCUGGUGGUGACUGUGUUGGCAUCCAACGCAAGUGUUAUUGCACUAAGCUCUGCUAAUUUUUUUUUUUUUGGUUUCCGGGACUCAUUUUGAGGCUUGAUUAAUUUGAAUUUGCGCCAGAAAGUUCUAUUAAUUUAGCUUCCUUUUCCUUUUCGUUUUGGAAGGCUUGGAACUUUAAUUUCCCUUGAAAGUCAAAUAUGAAUAGAUGAGUGUAAUCCAUCUUCCAAUAGGA